CAGCAAUAACACAAAGAUGUCUGAGAUGCCAAACUUAAACACUUACAAGCCUUGCUCCUUGUUAAAGAAUGUUGAUAUAAAUAUGAAUAUAAGUAAACCUAAGGAAAAGGGAAGGAGUGCAUAUUCUAGAAAAUAUAAACUUGUUGCUAGCAAAUUUCAAAUAGCAACCAAUCUUCAAUAAAAUAUUUCUGAUUGAGGAAAGUGAUAAAUUUUGUGAACAUUUCGAGAAUUUGGUAGUAUAAACCAAAUUUUUAAUCAUAGGUCGCCCCUACAUUGCUCGAGAAAAGAAAGGAGUAACAGAUAGGAGCCAUUGAUUCAGCUUGGACAGAGAUCCUAAACAGAAAGCAUACAAUAAAGCAGCCUUAGAAAGCUUCGAAAUGUGUAAACAGAUUUACAAAAAUACAGAAGAUAGAAUCUGAAAAGAAAUAGAUUUAUUCAAAACAGUCCAUAAGGGUCACAUCCCUGCCUCUGGGAUCAUUACAGUUUCAAUGCAAGAGUCCAUACAAAAGAAAGCAUGGAAAUACCUAUUGGACACUGACUUGACUAAGAUUAAACCUCAGGAUAUUAAGAAGAGAAGUUCAAUUUUGGGUAAACUUGAUACAUACAAAUAAGGAGGAAGAUAUGAAUAAAAUAGAGGCAGAAUCUCCUGACUCUGUAGAUUCACAUCCUUUGAACAUAUUUUCUUCUCGUAAAAGUUCUUCGAAACAUGUUUCUAAGAAGAAAAUUCCAAAACUGAAAUCGUUAAUCUCUCAAAAGAAACAAAGAAAAAGAGGCAUUUAUAUUACUAAAAUAGAAACAACUCCUAACUCUCCUUGUAACAAAAAGAAUAAAUUACCCAAAAAUAGUGGAGUUUCUAUAAGACAAAAUCUGAGCUUCUUUGAACCACCCGAGAAAAUAGUCUCAAAAAAGAGAGGAAGGAACUCUACUUUGUCUUCCUCAUUUGAUGCUCAAAGCUCUCUGGCCCCACUUCCCGACAAAACUUUCUAUAAAAUCCGUAAAAGUCUCCGUUCAGUAGUUGAUAACUGCGACAAAUCCCUUAAAUUUCGUUCAAGUGGAAUUCCUGAGGCUAAUAACUCAAUGGAGUUAGAGAAAAUCCGACGCACAAACUACAACUACACUUGAAAAACCCUUGAGAGGCUCAACCACCACAACUCCAAAAACCUGAAACGGAACUAUGACUGGGCGAUGCUCUCCAGAGACGAACAAAAAUACACCGAAAACAAAGUAACUAAUGAGUACAAGCACAGUAUGAUCGACCCGACCAGGGCAGCUGCCAUUUUCGAAAGGACCCAGUCACUUUAUCGGAUGAUGAUGCAGUGCCAGUUACGGAAGAAGGCAGGGUAUGACCAAAUUGAGAAGGAUAGUUGUUAAGGAGGAUUAAGGAGAUGUCGA